AUGACGGAUACUGUAGUAUCGGAGGGGCAAGUCAAGUUCCGCGAUGGAAAGAAGUGGAAGUCUCGCUGGGUCGUCGUCCAGAAACCUUCUCCAGUGGCAGACUGUCUGUCUGUACUGGUGUACAAAGACAAGAAGAAAGGGAAGCAGAAAGCUGUCGGACGGAAAGAUCCUCUCAGCUUGACUCUGGAGGGGAUAUGUGGAGUUGAGCCCGGCCCGGGCUACGACGGCGUGUGCUACACCCUCUCCGUCCUCUGCCUCGCCCACACACUCAUCCUGGGCUUCCGCAGCCGGGAUGCGCUCCAAGCCUGGGACUCUCGACUCCGAUACAGCCUCGGAGAAGUCCACAGCUUCAGCAUCAACGUGGAGCCUGGUACCAAACUGCAGAGCGGGCCGGCCACGCUGCACCUCUGCAACAACCUGCUGACCCUCAGCAGGAGCCUGCCGCCCAUCGUGUUCGGAUAUUGGAAGUUAUCGGCGUUGCGGCGGUACGGAGCCGUGCCCAAUGGAUUUGUGUUCGAGGGAGGGACUCGCUGUGGAUACUGGGCGGGCGUCUUCUUUCUCUCCUGCUCUGAGGGAGAGAACAUAAGCUUUCUCUUCGACUGCGUCGUCAGAGGGAUCGCGCCCAGCAGAGUUCCACGUGGACUGCAGCCCGCCCUGCCAGAUCCCACUGCAGAUCCACUUGCAGCUGAAGAACGGAUUAACCAGGAGGCGUCGGAGCUGGAGAAGAGACUCAGCAUGUUGUCGACCUGCAGCCUGGCGAUCAGCGCUGCAUCCACCUACAGCUGCAGUACCUCGGUUGCCGGGGACGACCACAGCAGCAUCUCCAGCUCUUCCUCCAGCCAGUCGGACACCAGCUACGGAAAGAAACUGCCGUUCUGGGCAGAUCCCUUGGCGAAGCUGCACCUUUCCUCCGAAACGGCGUCCAGCUCCUCCACACUCAAGGCCAUGACCAGCUCGGACGACCGGCUGUAUGUGGCGGGCGGGUCUGUGACCCGACCUCCGUCCUCCCAUCUGCGAGGUCUUCACGACAGCGGGAGGCAGAGCUCACUGGACAGUGGUAUCGGGAUUGCAACGGGGAGCCAGUCGUCCUACACAGGCAGCGUUUCCUCCUGCACUGGGAGUCAGGACAUCACAAGUCACGCAGGAGGCGAGGAGUUCGGCUCAUUUGGCAGCUUACCUGCAGCCCCCCCGUCCUCACCCCCUCCUCCUCCUGCCUUCCAGUCCACACUCGCAACAUCGUCCUGCUCUUUAAGGUCCAGCUCCAGUGCAUCUCAGAGUCACGGUGAGGACUACAGAGUCCCCAGCCUGCUGGGCCUGCACUAUGACACCCCCCGCGGCGUGUCCCAGAGGGCCUCCGAAGCAACCCGAGGAACAGCAGAUCUGAGCGGCAGCAGGUGGAGGGGGGAGGAUGCAGUGGAGAGUCAGGGUCAGAGAUUACUCAGUAGCCUCACAGGAACCCAGCAGCUGCAGGCUGGGAUGCAGCGCUCGCUCUCCUGGGGCAGUGAGAGGGCGCCACCACUGGACCCAGAGAGGACCAACACUCUGUUCACUGAGGAACAUGAGAACUACAUCACGGCAGAGCAGUGGAGGCUGAGGAGUGGAGGCCUGCAGCAGGUGGGAUCUCCGCCGUCGUCCCCCGUGCCGCCGCCGUCUUCACCAGACCCGCUGCUCUCGCUGGCAGAGGAACGCAGAGAUUUGAGAGAGGCUGCCAGUCAGAGGAGGCCCCUGUCCCCUUUCCUGCCUCUCUCUCUGAGCACACACUGGUCUGCUGCAGGAAAUAGAGACCUCAGGCCUUAUGAAGAGAGCGACUCUGCCUACGUCAACAUCGCCAAGGUCAACACAGCGAUGGCAAACGGAUGGCUCUCCAGACCCCACAGUGCCAACAGAGGUGACCCGACGGCCAACUCCUCUGCUCUGCCGCCGCCAUGGAAACCUCGAACGACAAACUGACUCACCUGGAGAGUCGACGUCGCUACAGCCAUUCCUAUAUAAGCACUGAUCCAGCAGCUGCUGCGGAAGUCAGUCUUGUUUCUUUGGCUCAUUUCAUAGUCACUUAGAGCUAUAGGUGUUUAGAGAAAUGACCCGGUCUGUCAAAGGUCCGAUCGAGAGUGAUGCAGCGUCACAAAACAGUGCCCUCUAGCUGGCAGUCUCUAGUCUUUAAAUGAGACCUCAUCACUAGCGCACCAGGGUCUGAGCUUUGGACACAAGGCUUCGUGAAGCUCCAUCAGGCAACUGCCACCAGCGACGCCGGGGGGCGCUAUUCCUUGUCUCGUAGCAGCACGACUAGCUUAGCUUGAGCAGUUUCAGUGUUGACCCAGCUCCGUCUUUGGGAUCCCAAGAUGUUCCGGAGCCAGAGUAGAGGUUGCGUCUCAUUUCUCCUCAUCCUAAAGGAUCAAAAACCCAGUCCGUUCUCAGACUUCUGGCUCUGUGCCGAGUCUCUAGUGGACGGUAGAGUCACUCUGAGGAGGAGUAACUUCAACGCUUGAGGACACAGCAGCAGCUCUAGCUAUGACAGAAGAUCAAUACAGUGUUAAGCAUGUGGCCAUAAGGUCAGAGCGGAUGACUGUAUGCACAACUCUGGAGAGGAAGAACCACCACAGGAAAAUGGAGAUUCAUGACUCAAACUGAUGAUUUUUGCGCUGUUAUAUUCCAAUUUGCUUUCCUCAGGGUUAAGGCUACGUAUCAAACUGAAGGCCCAGGGGCCAAAUCCAGUCCGCCAGGUAAAUUUAUAAGGCCUGGAAGGGUUUCAAAUAACUGAUAAAGUUUCACUCGAGGGAAGAUUCAGGAAGAUUCAUAGAGCAUGUGUGCAGGCUCAAGUAGAUGGCGCUGUCUGCUCACCCAUUUCUGCUUUGAAUGAACUUCUUAAAAUGAGAGCAACACCUAUUAAAAACCUAUUAAAAGUCCCAGAGCCGGGUCAUGUCUGCACAGCCCUCAUGGUUUCAGCUGAACGACAAAAUACUCAUUUCUUCAGCUAUUUAAUUCGUUCCGAUGUGGACAAAAGCGCCGCAUUUGGAAGUUUGAAGUUUCAUGCGUGAAAUCAGCGGAGAUUGAUUGUCGCUGCGUUUGUAAUUGAAUCUCUGCGACGUCAUUGGUUAGAAACUCUCCCGUCCUUAAACAAAUCACAUUGAGUUUCAAAUGUAAUUUCAGCCACAAGUGCGGCCGGACUUUCCCCACAGGGGCUUUAUUUACACCUCCGCCAGCCCACGUCUGGAGAGGCAGCGCCAUUCAUCACCAGAGAUGGCGGCGCAAUGAGAUCACGGCCUCCGUCUCGCGCCGACACUUCACAAUCAGCUCUUAUUAGACCCUGAUUAUUUGCCAUCAGCGCCCUCUGUACUCGGACUGAAAGCGCCACAGUCCCGGGCCUGUGCUGCGGAGCGUGAUGGAGCCUCAUGGAUACAUUACUCCUGACGGAAAUCAAUGUCACCGUGAGAGGCUGGCGACUGAGCGAUGGAGGAAAUCUCAAUAUUCUCGCCUUUCUAUUUCCGUCUAUUACCGGCCUUUUUCAACUUGAGUGCCAGUUUGAGGAGUUCAUGUUUUAGCAGGAGUGGCAGCUGAGAUUCAUCAGCGCUGUGCUGUGAAGUUCAGCAGCAGCAGCACCAGGCCUCUGACCACCGGUCACCGUCGCAAUGCUACAAAGUUUUAAGACGUCAUUAUUUGCUUUUCUGCAGGUGCAUUGUUGUCUCUAGCAUGUGUCUCGUACCAAGCAAAGAGAGGUCAUGUCCUCCAGUCAGCCACAUUACAGUUAGCUAAUGUUGUUAAACUCCACUACAAGCGAACCUCCUCCAGCAGAACAGGUGGUGAUGCGACGUGUCCUCAGUUUCAGAGCUCAGUAGGUGGCGCUCUCACUUCAGAAAUAUUGUGAGGUUUCAUUGAAAUGGUUGAUAGAGUUAGUGAUGAGUAGAAGAGGUUUCAUGACACAGUAUUGAAGAGUAGAUUUCAUGAAUACAGUAUCCAGAUUUCAGAGGCCACCAGGUGGCGCUGUCUGCUGUAAAAUGUUUGGACAACUAAUUCAAUGAAACCUGACAGCAUCUCCAAACCAAGAGAGCCAUCUAGUGGUAGGUACUGUUUCAUGAUACCGCAUCUAUUUUUUAAAAAUUCGUAGUGAAACAAAUGAAAGGUUGAAGCUUCAUGAAGCACGAUGCUGUUCAGAGCUCACCGAGUGAGGUUCCCCCCUCUCUCUCUGAAAGUGAGCCAUGAAGCUUCAUGAUGCACCAAAGUGAUUCAUGGUGGAGAAAUGAAGUUUCACUACGGCCAAAAUCUUAGACUGGAGUGGACCAUCGAAAAGUACCAGCAACAGAGAGGAUGUGACGCUACAGCACUUGUGGUCACCAACUUUAUUAAAAAUGUUAGAAGCACAGUUGGAUGUUUGUCAGUAGCUGCUACUCUAUAUACACUUUACUUAUCUUUGAAGUUUGUGCUGUUGAACAAGAGUGUUUGUCAAAUCAUUUGUCACCAGCUCCACGACUCAAUUCCUCCUGUACAGUCGUCAACAUGAACUACAGAAAACAUUUUUAUUUGUGUUGUACAACAGCUGACAUUUUUCCAACCGUGAGUUUUCCAAAUAAA